AUGGCGCUCAGAGAUCGCUACUUCUCGUCUGGCUCUGAGGUCAAUUUAAUCAAUGAGAAUGAGCCAGAUGCUCAUUCAGAGGACGAACUAUGUAUAGAUGAUGAAGAAGAAGAUAUCGAACUUUCCCUGAUUGCUCCUUCGGAUGACCAGUGAGUAUUGUGAUCGAAAACGUUGCGCUUGAAAUAGGUGUCACAGUGUUUAUGUUUCUAGUGGGCUUAACUUUAUGGCUUAUCCCGUGAAAGAUUGUAUAAAUAUCCCUCAAAAUAUUAGCAAGUAUAGUUAAUCUCCAGGGAAGAGGGAUGUUUCUGUAUGUUUAUAGUUAUUUUUAGAUUAUACUCCAUGAUAAGGCGCGUUAUCUGUAAACCAUAACAGCAUUAUGGAAUAAGCCUAAAUUCUUGGCCAGAAAGGUGAAGUUCCUGUACUAGCAGCUUAUUUCCUGCUGCCACUGAGUGAACCACGUACACAAACAACAAGUUUUCCACAAAAUUAGUGCUGUUCAUGUAGUUUUGAGUACAGUAAAAACAGUCUGACACCAAUGAGAUGGGAAUAAUACAAUAGUAACUGAAAUUCUCCAUAAUACGUUUUAAUAGCCGAGGUGUAUUUGUUUGCUUCUUUUUGACAUGAUAUCUACAGUUUAUGAAGCUCAUAUCGUAUAUUGCUCAUGUUGUAUUUUUCUUCAACGAAGACCUUUUUUGCAGGUUUGUUUAUGUGAUAAACUCAGUUGAUUGGUUCAGUAAAUGAUUUGAAUUUUUCUACAUGGUAUUCAGUCUUUACAGUUACCCUUUAUUUUUGUCUGCUAGUCAAUGAGAUACUGGCAGAGCAUAAAUUGAUCUACUGUAUAUUAGUAUUAAUAUUAGUAAUAAUAUUGAAGAUUGGUAAGAUUUUCCUGAGUGGGGGGAGGACUGGUGUAUAAAGAUUUUUUUGAAGUAAUUUCAAGGCUUUGCUCUAAGAAAAAGUGAAGGGAGCCCGGUGCUCUGAACCUGUGAAAUCCAGGGUGCCCAGCUGCAUAUGAUUUCUAUGAAAAAUAAAGAUUUUCUGGUCACCCGGGAGCAAAAGUUAGGUGCCAGAGGGGGCCACUAAGGACUGCUACAGCACAACCUUGAAUUUGCAUUAGUUGAUUGAGGUAUCUGGUUAAGUUGACUGAAAGACAUCUCAGAUGAUGUUAUCCGGCCUGACUCUCAGAGUUAAUAUAUGAUUAGAUAAAUAGCCAUGGAGCCUAGAAAGCACUUUCAAAAUGUGUACAUGUAUUUGCCAUUUUUACACAUGAGUAAGCAUAAAAGGACAAAUUAUGGGCAGUUAAGCCGUUGGCCUUAUUUUUUUCCUUGUUCUGUCAUUGACAAAGGCUGUUCAUUCAAAGUCUACUAAUCAAUUCUCCCAUAUUUUGUUGUACUUUACUUGAAUCCAUGGCAUUCUUUCUUUCCCCUUGUUAGAUGGUACCAUGGUAAGCUUGAUAGAACCCUUGCAGAAGAGAGACUGAUGGAAGAUGGCCGUGAGGGAGCAUACCUUGUGCGAGAAAGUGAUCGCAAACCUGGCACUUUCUCAAUCUCUUUUCUUGGCAAAAAUGGGAUGAGUCACUUUCGGAUAACAGCACUUUGUGGUGAUUACUACAUCGGAGGUCGGCAGUUUGUUUCUCUGAAUGAUCUAAUAGGCUACUAUACAGUUUACUCUUGUUUGCUAAAAGAUGAACACCUCAAGCACCCUGUACCCCCUCCAGAACCAGUUGGGGGCAAGAAAAGAGUGCUAGCAAAGUACACUUACAACAAAGCUCCUGAGACUGAUGAGUUGAGGUAUGUAAUGACUGUUGUAACAUUUUCGUUAUGAAAUUAGUCUUCAAAGUACUUUUAACACAUUCUGGGCUUUUAGAGAAUGAAAAGUAGAGAACAUCAACAUUUAAGGGAUUUUUCUUCGUUGAAACCUGGUAAAAUAAGGUUAAAUUACCACCUAAAAUAUCACACAAUUUGCAUAAUUUAUCACACAAUAGGCCUUUGUUGUCGCACAAGCUGGCCUGAAAAUGCCACAUAAUUUCUGAUUUCUUAUUGCACCCUACCAGAAGGCCUUACUUAACUACCACAGAAAGAUUCAAAAGCUGAUUUUUUAAGCACUAGCUCUUCUUGAGAGUGGUUCAAAUAUUAGUAGAAAUCCUAUUCAGGAUCCUAAGUAAGAUCUUAAAUGAUUCUAGAACAGGAUCCUAUUCAAGAUCCUGUUUGACAUCCACGUCCCACAUUCCCUGGAAUUGUAGGUUGGGUUUGGUCUGUAUACAUCAAUGGUGGAGUAGUUAAUAAAAUAGCCCAGUAAGCAUGCAGGCUCACAAGAUUCAAAUAAACAUGCUUUCUCAGUAAUCUUUCUAACUUGUCUUUCAGUAUCCAGCCUCAGUAUUUGUUAGAUCCUGCAUUUAUCUCACCAUUUCUUACACUUUUUCUUUUUUUUGUGUAUCAUGGCUAUCUGAGAUCUUAAUAUUUGUUGAAGCCUGUUCAAGGCCACUUGUUUUUGAAGGAUAAUCUUUUCUGUUAUCUAUUAGCCAAUGUGAUGCUAAGCAGAGUGUAAAAUUGCACCAUAUACAGGCACUGGUGCAGCUAAAUAAUUUCUUAACCUUGUCAAUAACUAAAUGCUGAAAAUUAAUUGGCAAAUUGGCCACUAGAAUUCUCCUUCACAAAGAUGCUAUCAGAAAAAAUCUGUGGCAGUGGUAGGCAUUCAAAACUCUUGGCCUGCUACAAAGAAUUGACUAAUGAUUAAGACAUGAGGUAUAACAGAGUAAAACUUUUUCUUGUUUUAAUGGAGAUCUGCUUACACACUUUGCAUAGAGUCUUGAAUUCUUGAAAAAGUCUUAAAAUUUGCAAAGCAAUUUUCCAGGCCUGGAAAAAGUCUAGAAAAUAGAGAUAAAGUCUGGAAAUUUCUUUGUCAAAGCUACAACAAGUGCUUUAUAAUAAGUGAAUAUUUUUUCCCUUGGUCAAAUCCCAUUCAGUCAUACAGUGACCAUGUAUCUUGCCUGUAGCCAAAACAUUCCAUCACAGAAUGAGAAGUUUCACAACUUCCACACUUUGCCAUGGUUACUGUAUCGUAGCGGUGCAUCAUGAAAAAGGCUUGGUUCCUGCUUUCUUCAAGGUUUCUGUUUAUCACCUGUUUGGUAACCUUGAGUUUGAAGAAAUUAAUUAUUGUCUUGGAAAAAAGUCUUGAAUUUUGGAUCCAAAAUUUGUGUGAACCCUGUGCUUUUAAGAGGAGGGGAUUUACAUGAUUGUAGAGGAUCUAGUAUAUUAAUUCUGGGUCAAUUAAUCAUUGCUUCAAAUUAGUGACAGCUUUUCCAGUUUGACCUUAAGUCAGGAGUGAAAAGUAAAAAAUAUUUUUAUGAGAAUUCAUGUUAUUUUGUGUUUUAGUUUUCAUCAAGGGGAUGUAUUUGUGGUUGAAAAUGAAAUUGACAGCGACUGGCUGUGGGUGACGGCACAGAAAAACCAGGAAAAAGGACUGGUACCUGCAGCUCUUGUUGAAGAUGCUGUAAGUAAUACUUUCAUUGUUAGAAUAUUUUUUCUGUAUAGGUAAAGGUAGCUGCAAAUGUAAUGAGACUUACUGAUGGUAAUAAAUUAUUACAAUUUAUGCUAAUUAUUGCAGUUAUUUGGACACAUAAAAAGAAAUUUCAAAAAAUGUGCAUCAACAGUGUAAUGUAGUGAAAAAGACAGCUAAAACUGAUUAUUAUACUGCCACAAAUUGAUAAUUAUGUUUGUUAGAUAAAAAUAAUUUUGUGCAGGUUCGGUUUUUUACACUAAAAAUUUGCAAUAUUCCUAAGUUUUUGAAUCCGUCUAUGAUGAUAAAAUGUGUUACAUGUAUUAUUGUUAAAAAAACUUUCAUCCAGUAAUAUCCUGGUCUUGAAUAAGACCAUAAAAAAUUUCUAACAAGCACUAUUCGCCUUAAUUCUGUAAAUUCACAAAAACAGUUAAAUCAUAACACAUUUUAGUUCCUUACAGUUGUAUAAUCGUAAAUGGGACGGCAUCUAGCCUGUUCACAGACCCUCUAUUUUCUCUUCAAAAUCCACUGAGUGUGCGUGAUACAAAAUAGAAAGCGUAGGGGAUUUAUUGAUCACCAGUGCAAGGGGUUAGGGGUGGGGGAAGUCUUUCUCGCACACUUGCCUCGCUUGCGCUGUCACCGAUGAUUUGAAAAGAACGAAAAUAGUAAAAAAAACGUCUGCGAACAGGCUAGAUGCUUUCUCACGGUGUUGUUUUUCAGUCUUGUGAAUGCCAAUAGCCCACGUUCCAUAUAUUAAAAUUCUAACAUGACUCCAAGGCUUUCUGGUCAUUUUUCUAUUUUUGGUUUUGUGCUCAAGUCUCGUUUGGGAAUUGCGAGACAAUGGGGUUUUGAAAAAUUUGCAAUUUUGACCCUAAAGCCUUGGAGUUUUGUUAGAAUUUUAAUAUAUCGAAGGUGGGCCAUGAACAGAUUAUAAUGUACAUGUGAUAGCUAAUUUUCAACAUUUUGACUGGUCAGAAAUGAGCCAUGACUGAGCUAAAACGUUUUUGGCGGGUCAACAUUAUCUGCCACUGUCUAAAAAUUAUUUUGAGCCUUGGUAUUCUGAGGUCAUGUAAAGGGAAAAGCAAUUCUACAGUGUUGUCAAAAAGGUGGUUCAUUUAACACCAAUUUGUCUCCUGAAAUUAAUAAAGGUUUUGAUUGUGAAUUUUAUUUAAUUGUUAUUUCGUUUUUGCAGAAAUCAGAUCUUGAUCCUUGUGCUGGAAGGCCGUAAGUACUAUUUUUUCAUUUUUUAGAUGUUUAACAUUUGCUUAGUGUGCUUGGUGUUUAACUUAAUGUACAUUGUAAGUGUUAAGUUAUGAUAAUUUGAUUGUUCUAGACCAAAGAAAAAAGAUCAGUCUUAUUUUAUAUAUCAAACUGAGACAACUGAGUGUUUUCAUUCAACAUGCAGACAUCGAGAAUUGGCUUGAAGAAACAAGGGACAGUCUAAGUAUUUAAACUGAUUUUCAGGCUUCUAGAUAUUCAAAGAACACUUUGUCAUAUGUAGGAUCUAAAUUUUCCAUUGAGCAAAUUAUAAUUCUUAAAGAGAUAUUAAGAGCUUAACUGUUUGGAUGAUCUAGAUCAGAUUUUCAAUCUGCACUCAUAUAAUGGCAAUGAUUCCCUUCAUGUAUUCUUAAUGAGUUUGAGAAUGAUUUUGUUUUAAAAAUUCCCGAAUGAAUAUGAGGAAAAAAUAACAAUGAAGAGUGUAAAGUUGAUCUAAACUGUUAUUUUUAUUUUCUUUUUCAUUUAGAUGGUUCUUUAAUAACAUUUCAAGGCAAGAAGCACAAGAAAUUCUACUAAGAGGUAACAUAAGGCAUUUAUAAAAAUGAUCCUCGCAGUUGAAUAAACUAUCUAAGUGGUUAAAAAUCACCUGAAAAAAUUCAGGCUUGACCGGGAAUCAAACCCUGACCUUUGCGAUGACUGGAUGCAAUUCUCAACUGUGAGGUCAGGAUCAUUCCACUUUUCUAUCUUUAUCUGCAGUUCAAAAUAUGAUUCAUUUCUUAUAUUUCCAUUCAUAAGGCAUUUAAUAUCAGUUGUGCAGUUUUUUUAUUUCCUUUUUUUGGUAACUCUACUGCUUAGUGUUUAUUGCAUAACUAAGAAGAACUGUCUGGGAAUAGCCACCCCAGUUCUAGCAGAGGUUUUUAUCAAACUCCAUUAGUACGGACACUGAGGGGGCCAUACACGUAGAAACUGUCUGUAUUAAGUGCAUGUCUGUAAAGUUUGACUGUACUAGCUGACUUGUUGCUCUGUUGUUUUUGUUUGACAGAUGGUGUUAUUGGUAGUUUCCUUAUCAGGCCAAGUGACAAAUCCCCGGGGGAUUACUCCCUCUCUCUCCGGUAAGGGGUUGUUAUUCUAAUUCCUAAUACUGUAAAUGGACCUUUUAGGUGAUAGGAUCUUCCGAAGAGGUGCAAGGGCUUUCUGGAAUUGAGACAUUAAAUAUUCUAAUUUAAAGAUAGAGAAGUCAAACACCAGGAAACUCAGAAAAAAAUUGUGUGCUCCAUGUGAGGCUCAAACUCAUAGUAGCCUGAGUAGCACUAGCCGGCGGGAUCAGCGACAUUAGUGAGCGUGCACUUGCUGAACUUGUUUGUUAGCGGUGGAGCUGCAAGAAGUUUGGGAGGAAGGUCUCAGAUUUAAAAAAUGAGACCCUGCCUUAAAAAGACCAGGAUUAAGAAUUCCAUACUGAUAGCCUACACUUUUUGUUUGAUUCGCUUGUGUCACCAGCUGAAAAACAGACCAUUCUCACAUACAUGUAUUCCCCAAGCGGAAAUUCACCAUCACCUUAUUUUAUAUCAUUGCCAAUGUGCCACACACAAUGUAUUGACAUUCCAGUCCUAGCGGUAUCCAGGUUGUUCGCUCAUAAACCUAGUUAUUGGCCUAACCUUCCUGUGGAGUUCCCUGUGGCUCAGUGGUCGAGCAUCUGCUCUAGUUACCAAAAGAACAUAGGUUUGACUCCUGUUAAGAAAACGCACAUUCUUUUUAUUUCCAUUCCCCUAUUUCAUUCUUGUAUUUUAAUGGAUAUUGAUGCCGACAACACUUGGUUUGCACCUUUUGCGGUCCUGUGCGCCAGAUUUCACUCGUUCUUUUGCGAGACAUCUUUUGAGCGCCUUCCAUACAGGCCAACUCUUAUGUCACAGAUUGAAUGGACGCAACAACAUUUUUGAAACACAAUGAUCAAAUUACUGUGUGACGGUUUUACGACCGUUUCCACUCAUUAAGAACAUUACCCACGCUUUCCUUGGAGGUCCAUAGAUUUCAGUAGGAGAUCCGAAGAUUUUUUAACAACAGACCCAUCCUUAUUGUAAUCAGAUUUUCAAGGCAUUUUCAUGGCUGCUAAAUUUCAGAUUGAAGACAAUCUCCGUAGGAGAUGGUGAUAAUUGUAGUAAUAAAAGUAGUAACUGUUGGUUGUGCAGUGAUUACAAAACUAUUUGUUACUAAGGAACCGAUAUGAUGCGGCUGCUGCUGUGUUUGUAGUAUCCAUGUUAUCGUCUCUUGUAUCUAAGCGUGAACACUACGUCUCUAAAAAACAUGUUAUGAAUGUUACAAAUGUUUCUUUUCAGACAUAAAACGCUAAGUGUGACCUAGAUUUAGUGCGGCUACUUAAAUAUCCACCUAUACGUAAAAAAAGUUAAAAAGAGUCCUUAUUUUACGUCGGUAGCUCGAAAUAGCCAUCCGACUAACAAAUGUGAGGCCGACGGUUUGCUCAUUUUACCCUCCCCCCCCCCCACCCCUCGCUCCAUCAGUACUCCGUUUUUGCAGGUAUUUAAAACUAGUUAAGGUGGCGCGAUAGGGUUUUUCAUGGUCAAAACCUCCCAAGAUUGAGCAUAAACUUCGUCGCCAUUAACAAACAUUUGCAAAAAUUACCACCACAGCUGUAUUAAAGAAAGGUGAAAAUUUGUUAUGAUCAGGGUGGAAUUGACAUCGGAGUUGUCAUAGCAAUGAAAUGACGCCAUUACCUAUUUUACUUGCAGCCAUAUUUCUAGGCACUGGGAACUGUUCUUCCAAAAUCGUUUUUGGUAGCUUUUUGGCCGCCUCAAUGUUAUGUAUGAGAGCUUUAUCGAGAUAUUUUGUGAUGAAGUUUCUACGGUUAGAAAUACGAUAAAAACUGGACAAUCUUGAUGUUCGGCCGUUAUCUGUAGAAAACGAAGCGCUUUUGAAAUGCAAUUUCACUGUCUUGAGAAAGAGAUCUUUAGAAAGCUCAUGGAGAUAGCUUUAGCCGAUUGCUAGGAAGGAGGAUUUGAUUAGUAUGUAUCGACGCGCUCUUGUUAGUGGUUUACUAAACAAUUUGGUCUACUUUAACAUAUUUAAGCGAAUAAUCUUGGAACUGCUAGAUAGAUUUUUUUUAAAAAUUUGAGAUUCUCGAGAUCAACCGUCGUUUUAUGACCUUUGAGUUUCAAGAUUAUUGUAACUUGUAAGGCAGUAAAAUAAGGGCUACAAAUCGCUAAUUUUUUUUGUCUGAAAUUUUGUGUUUCAAGGUGAGAGCCUCUCAGUAUUUAGUGGUAUUCCUCUAAGUUUCAUAUUUCUGUGGACAACAAUAGCUAACAUUUGUGCUUAUUUCAAAUGCAUUGUUAGUUACUGCUGUUCACGUGAAAAUGAAACUUCGAGAAAAUACCCCUCCUUUCCUUCCUUGUCUAAAGGAAGAUAAAAAAUAUUACAUCCACUAAAUACAGAAAAAAACAAUGUCAUUACUUUAGGCAAAAGGAAAGGAAAAGGAAAAAGCUGAAUACUUAAGUCUUUCCUCCCCAGCUGUUUUCCGAUCCUUGAGAUAAGCUUGAAUUAAGGAAACUUAGUCUGGUUUUCGUUCGAUCAUUGCUCUUUCCCUACACUUGUAAUAAUUGAUACAAAAUUUCAGUAAUCAUUAUCUAGGAUUAGGCGAACAAGUUCUGCUUGCUGCCAAAAUUCCGCUUUUGAUUACCAAAAAUUGUCUCUAUUUUGAGAAAAGUUUAGCCUCAAAUUUCAGUCUAUUUCCUCGUUUUGCUUUCGUUAGGGGAAGCGUGCAGCUGCUAUUUUGACCAAUAGAUUUUUCCUUUUGUGUUUUUCACAUCUGUUGUUAAAAUUCAGCUUUCGUUUCCUGCAAAACGGUGUGAGUAGUCCUUCCAAAGUUCAUGAACUCCUCUUCAAUUUGUCAUGUAAUAACGAAGGAAAUAUUCGAGCGCUUGGGAAAGAAAAGAAAACAAAAAGCAACAGAAACAAAAAAUACCCCGCUCGGAUACCUGUCAAUAAUACAGACAGAUCCUGCUAUCUAUCACUUUUUGAAAUUGAGUCUUAGGCGUGAUCAGGUUUGGCGCCCCCUUCCCUUUGAGGUCAGUUUCUUCCCCAUUAUUUCAGUGCGUGAAUUUCAGUACGUUUAAAAUUAGUUGCCAUUUAAUUUACCACUGGUAAAUUCUGAUGUUGCUAUAAAGUAAGACCUGAAGUUCUCUUGCAUGUCAACGUGUUUGUUUUAAGCAAAUGAAAAAAGCAAACGAGAAAAGCAAUAUAGCGGCAAGCGGGACCUAGCGUGGGUGUCAUACUCGUUCUUUCCUUAUUUGCCCUUACACUGAAAACAGGACAAAAAUAUGUUGUGUAGGUGUAGGUGACCGGAAAAAAGAAGCAUUCGGGCAGCUUGAAAAGGUUCUCUGUCAAGCUAAAUGACUUAAGCACAGAAUUGAACUAAAACAGCAGUAUCUUCGUGACAUAGCUCUUUCAAAACCGAAGAUUAGUACUGUUCUUAUUUUUUUUUUCACUUCCUUUUAGUCCCUUAGGCCCCAAGAUCCACAUACAAAUUCUUCAGACUGAUCUCCAUACAUUUCUUUUAAGAAUAGUUUAGAGAAUUUGGCGUAAGAUAAAAGCGUUCUGCGUUUGGUAAUCAAUUUAGUAAUUCUCAUAACCUAUGAUCUGCUGAUGUUGUUAGGAGAAAAUUGAUGUUGGUCACCCUUGAGAACUAAAGGGUUAAAGAAACUUCCCGAGGCUUUUCAAGAGCUGACAACUUUCUUUUGUUCCCAAAUUUAUAGUUUGCUACCUCGAAUUUCGUUACUUUAGGCUAAUAAGGAUGUGAUAUCUCGAUAAUCCUCCCAGUUUUUCGAUAAACUAGGCUAAAAGUACACUUCCUAAUACGAAUGGUCUUUGAUCAACAUGAGGAACACAUGAAUUCAUUAUCCUUCUUGUAAGGAAACGAAGACCCCAAUUAGACGUGUCCGGACAAAUUUUUGAAGGGACGAAUUUUUUACUCGUUGAACCCCGUUUGCACGGAACCGUGCAAAUUCUGUCGCAGAUUGCAGUGCUGUUUGCCGUUCAAAAACGUGCACCGUUCCGCGUGUGCCGUGUAAACCAAAGGCGGAUCCGUGGAAGUUUUUGUCCGUUCGAAAAAUUGUUUGGAACUCUGUAAACGGGGUCAAAAUAAGCUACAGCAGAAUCCUGGGAACUAAGCUAAACUGGGUUCAUGAGACAAACAUCGUAAAUACUGCUACAGUAGGAUUGGAAUGCCGAUAUGUGCUUAUGCGUAAUGAUAGAAAGGUGAUGGUGGACUUAGAGCCUGGUGAACACAUGAAAAAGAUGUUUCUUCAGUCAGUCACACAGGCGACUCGGAAGAAAAAAAACAAGAACUGUCAAAAGCAGUCGAACCUAUGACAUCCAUUGUGUAUUUCCCAGAGCAGUAAUUCAUGGUGAUAUUUCCACUAUCGGUCUGAAAACAUGUUGUAAAAUGCGAAAUAACUAUCCUGUGAAGUCUCUAGGCACGGAUUUCCGUAACAGGUUACCUCAUCUUUAAGGGACAUUUCCUUUGAUCAAAUUGUCGCCAUUUAGAGUGUACUCAUAUGGUCAUAACCUGACCAGCCGAAUUUUUCGCUGUUUUGUCGAUCGGUGGGUGAAACGUGGCACUGAUUCGCCCACUCGAACUUCUGUACCCUCUUUCUUUGCAUCGAAAUGGUAUGUAACGGAUUUGAUUACGGUUUAUGAGAAAGGAGGUAGAUCUUUAAAGUAAGAGAAAUAUUGUUGUAAUCUGUAACAAAACACAACUUUUAUGGUAUCAAAGUUUUAUAAAAUCAAUUAAGCGUGAAAAGAGUGUUUACACGUGAGUUGAAACUCAGACCGCUUGGCGUGAAGAUUUAAUUAGUGGGAGAAUGUCAGCGUUUUCCUCCAUCCUCGUGCGAGUCGUAAAAAUUAAACCAACUAUUUUGCAGCUUGUCUGUUACUUGGACGCACAUUCUAAUCUAGAGCUGUAAAGUCACUAGUAUCGUUGAAUAAAGCCAGGGUUUUUCAGAAAUUUCUGACUAGAGGGGAAAAAAUAAAGUGGGUGGCAAUAGAUUAGAUCAAAUGAACGGAAAACCUUUUACAUGGAUGAGCUCCAUGUGUGGUUAUGUAUCAGGCUGGGAGGUCCCCCCCCCCCUAUCCCCGGAAAAAUUUUUAUUUGAGGGGAUCUGAAAGUGCAUUUCAGUAUUUCUAAUGGCAAAGUUUAUAACUGAAAAAAACAGUUUUCGCUCAUGCACUUUAAAGAAUUUUACCCUUGAAGGUGAGACGUUUAUUAACCUACAUUCGCUUUAUUAUUGUUAUUUUUUCAUAAAUUAGUUGUUAUUGAACAAAAUUGUUGAAAAACAAGUACCACCUCUUAUUCUCUUUCUUAGAAAAAUAUUUUGUGUGUGUAGCCGGCUCUUCUGUGGCAACUGUGUUGCGACUUUUGCCUGCUGUUGGAGUUUCUGGAGAACACUGAAGCUUGAUAAUUAUCAACUGUUCUAUGUGCAAAAAUAAAGUAACUGCCUUCUUUCCAAGUAGUGUGUCUAUGAAAAGAUAAAAAAAGGUGUUUCACUGGCUGUGUCUGCUUUCAAAACAGAUGAAAAGAUGUUUAUUUUCGUAUGCAGACUAUUUACGGACUCUGUUUUGACAACGGAAACUGAAAGUAACGCCACCCUGACAGACAACGAGCAUGCGGACUUGAGGGGAUGGGGGUAGGAUUAGGCGUCCCUUCGCGCUCCACAUUGAUACACACGUUCAGUUCGCGAGGGAAUAAAAUUCAAGAAAAUUGAGUGAUAUAUUCGCCAGUGAAAACGCGUGAGCGCGUGUGGUUUUGCUCCUUGGCUCCUUGACUGUUUCGCUUGUUAUGCUGUUGAUGAGUAAAAUUAGGAAGAAACGGAAGUCUAUGUACAGCUGUCCUUAAAAAGCAAAACAAGCAAAGCAAGAGUAUCUUUUGUUAACCCUUCUGGCAGUAUUAGCUACCUUUGAAAACGUUUUUUUGCGAAAAUAAAACAGUACAGGUGAGCACAAAACAAGUGGGACGACAGAAACUCGUUACCAGGAGCGUCAAAGUGCUUCACUUUGCCACGGCAGUUUCCGGCACAUACCAUUUUGUUUUUAGGCACAGUUCCGAUUUUUUGUUUUUUUCUUGCCUACGUUACCCUGAAAAAUGCCAUAAAAUUACGCCAUUUUAUACAUGCUAAUGAGUGUUAACGAAAGAAGGCUGAAAAAGUGAGUGUAUCAGUUUGUUCUUCUUUUGCUUUUAAACUUUAAAUGGCUGUUAUGUAGAGUUUCAUUAGGGAGUUUAAGAUGUCACGACGGCAACGAGAACGAGAACGAGAAUUGUGAAAUAAGCUAUAGGUUAACACGUGCAGCACACUUUUGGUACAGUUCUUUGCCGUCACUACACAACUACGACGACAAUUUGCCUAGUUUUUAGUUUUAUGGAGAACUUAACAAAUGACGACCAAUUCCCUUCCCCUCUGUGAACUUGGACAUUUUUCUUAGGAAUUCAGCUCCAUAAGAGUUCGCCUACAUGUGACAAAGUAAGCGAGUCGGGAUAAUCGCGCUCAGUGAAGCUUCAAAAAAUGCGUAGUCACUUUUUAAGGGACGUUUUCGCCGUCGUUGGUCACCGUUGCCGUCUUGGUAUCUUAAACUCCCUAUUGCGCUAGGUGGGGCGUAAUUUAGCGGCCAUUGCUGCCUUGAAGGUGUCAGUGGUCGUGAUGGCGAGGGGAAAUCAAGGAUAAGUGUUUGAAAUGACCUCCGCAACUAAAAGCAGAGUGCGGUGGGAAAGGUUCGACUCUGUUGAAAACGGCCUUAUACAGCGCUUCUUUCGUUUCAGUGCAGCAAAAUGUUGUUUUACCACAGAUAAAGCUUCCAGGGACGCUUUGCACAGUGAAUUGUAAAUGAAUAUAACUCAUUCAAAAGUCAAGUGGCUUAAGGCCGUCUUGGCUGUGUCCUGUUGGUUGUUCCUUACAUGAAGAGGGGCUGGUGUCAAUUUUAGGCUAUUAUCACGCUAUUGGCUGCGUCGCAGUCGCUCUAAACCUUCUGUAUAGAGCAGAGCGUACGUACUAUACAAUUGGUUUUGACGAGUGCGUGGGCCGGCUGAAACGCAGGCUAUCACACUAUAGCGUCAAGAAAACUGGCUAUCCGGUAUGGUAUGAACACCUAUCCGACAUAUGACUCUCCACUUAAGAGAUCGGCGCGUCACAGCUUCGCUCUCUCACAGAAAUUGCUCCUAAAUCACCGGUUCUUAUGUGUGAAUAGAAGCCCUAUCCAGUAUGGUUUUCGUGCCGACCUAAAAACAUUGCAGUGUAGUGUGAACAUAAACAUUAUUCUUUUUCUUUAGAACGCCAGAGGGUAUCACUCGUUUCCUCAUCAGAAAACAGGGAUUGCAGUAUUCAAUGGGUGGCAGAACGUUCGACAGGUAAACCAAUCAGCUUUAUCGCCAGCAAUUAGCAGUCGUAUGGCCUGAGUACAAUACGUAUCUGCAUACACCACCUAGCUAAGACCUUGUGCUUCUUGCUUAUCUUGUCAGUGUCGUCAGAUUGCGAAGUGAAGAUUGUUGUUCACGUAAAAUGUUUUGCUGUGUGUUUCUAGCCCUUUAAGUCCGAAGAGUGAUCGAUCAAAUUUCUCCAAAUUAAUUCUUUAUGGAAAUGUAUUGAGAUGCGUGUGCCGUGUGGAGAAUUUGUAUGUGGAUAUUUGAUCUUUAGAGGGUAAAGGGGAUUAUUAAUUCUGAGGGUAUUUAUUCUAAGAUUCCUGUAAAUUCUUCACUGCCACUGCAAAGGAUGUUGAGCGAAUCUGUUAAUAGGGACCUUUAGAUUCAAGGACAAGGACGAGGUUUCACCUAAUAACUGACCUAAAGUUUUUUGUGUCUUCUUUAAUAAGACACCCCGGAAGCUUCGUUUUACUUUUAUUUACCAGUAGAAGCUAGCACGGUUGUUUUUGUUGAAGGUGGUUAAGCCUUCUCCCGAUCGCAAAGUGAUGAAACUUCUAACAUUUCGAACUUGUCUCCGCCACUGCGACAAUCUCGCUAAAGGUCGUAGUAGAAUCACGAGGGCCAUCACGUUUUCUUUCACGCGUGAGCACUACUUAGUAGUCCUCGUGAAAAUUUAAAAAAGCUAAAGCUGCUCAACCAAUCACGAGAAAGUGAAAUGUAGCAAACACCAGAAAUCACGUGUUUUUUAGGUGCCAUGGUGUCCUAGUGGCGCCAAAUCAUAAACGGUUAUGGAGGAUUUUGUCUUUUCACGUUUCACGGAGGGUACUUCAAUCACGAUUCACAGGACAGUUUUUCAGUACAUGACGAUUCACGGACACCCUAAAUUGUCGAUCACGGCUUCACGAAAAUAAGCUUGCCCCUCUCUUAGAAGGGUCCAAAUUGUCGAAAACGUUAACGAUUUAUGUCAGCCUUCAAUGUUUGAAUUCAAGUUUUCUCUUUCCCUUUGGCAAUUUUACCAACGUGUAACCGCAAACAUGUAAGUGAUCAAAACCCAGAGCGAAUUCAAUCUAAGCUAUCUCCCCAAGAGAAGCUUUGGGGAAAAGCUCUAGUGUAAUCGCACCUACAGUAUCGAAAAGGUUUACCAAAAUUGUGUCUGUUGUACUUCUUUUAGUGUGGACGCUGUUGUAGCCAGGUAUAAGCAUGAGCAUAUUGUUGAAGGACUGUCUCUGAAGGAGCCUGUGUCAAGGGUAAGACAUUUACGCACUUUAUUGAGGCAUAAACCUCCGUCGUUCAUCAGACUUAGAGGAAAGAUGCCACUCCUUUGAGUCAGGCUAAUAGUUUUUGUUUUUGCGCUUUGAGUUGUCGGGAUUUCCCUUAGACUAACAAUCAGAAAACAUCAGCAAUAAUUGCAUUAAGCCAAGAUUGUGUGUUGUGGUUUUGUGGAGAGUAAGUACGACUUUUCCUACUCAGUUCCGUUAAGUUAGCUGGUUUUGUUUGAUUUCAGGCGCAGGACUGGGAUCUUCCUCACAGACCAAUGAGCCCGAGCAGGAUUCUGAGCCGAGAAAAUGGGUCAUCUUUUAUGUUCACGUCUGGCACUCCUGGGCCCCUUAUUUAUCGUAGUCAGCAAGCUUUCAAGAGAGGGUAUUUAGUGAAGAAAGGUGACUUUGUCAAUGUUGUUGUUAAAAGACCAUCUGUACAAUGACUCUAUUUUACUACUAUGACCAGAAUCCUUCAGAGUUUUGCUUUCUUGUGAAAAAAGGCCAUUUCUGAGUCAUCCCAAGCCUCUGUUUCAAAGCGAGGCGAAUUUCAAAGCCAUUGAAAUGAAAAUGAUUUUUUAUUUUCAUCCAAAUAAAACUAAUUUUUACAAGACAAGUUUUGCACUUUGCUUCAUUUUGAAAGUGAGAGUUUUUGGAACUUUGAAAUGGCCUAUUAGGGCUUUGGUUAUUUAAACCUCGCUGUGAUUACCUAAUAUAAAUAUUAAAGAAAGGCGGAAAAAGGGAUUCUGGUCGUACUACUGUAGUAAAAUGGCGCCAUCGUGCAAAUGGUCUAUUGAAAAGAUCGGUCGACAGAUCGAACUGUAGUCACUGAAAUCCGUCCAUAUGCAAGCGCUACUGUGCGUGGCUUCAGCGUCUUACAGUCGUCGAACAAAAGACGCCGUUGUCAUUGGUAAUACUUCUAAGCUCGAAAAAGCUUAGUCGUUAUUACCAAAAUGUAGUGUUAUACUACAAAGCGAUACGAUAACAUCAUAAUAUCUAUUACCAUUCUUUCUUGUUACUUUUUUUUUCUAUUUCUCUUCCGUCAUGAUCACCUCUUUUUUUACUAAUGUGGCUUUUUAUUUUGUCUAUUUCUAGGACACCGUAACAAGUGGAAAAGAAUGUUCUUUGUUCUUGAUGGCAUGGAGCAACAUUUAUACUUCUUUGAAAACGACAAGGUUGGUCAUAUAUUUACACCCCAUCCACAUGUAUCCGUUUUUCUUGAAUCCGCAAAAGUUUUUCUGCGGAUUUCAAAUGAUUCGAUGGACAAGAAGCGUUUUCUGCCGUUCAAAGAAUCCUGUUGUAUUUGAGACGGAUAUGUCUUUUCACGGAUUUGUUCAAGAAUUUCCAUUUUCAUCCAUUCGCAAGACUACGGCAUUCGGGCCAUUCCAAAUUUCCUUCCUAAAAGGUAUUUUCAAAAACUUACGGAUUCGUUGAUUGUCUUCAUUGUAUACAUGUAGACAGAAGACUUUCUUUUUAAGCGCUCUUUGGGUGUAAUAGUGAAAAAUUGCCGUUAUGUACAUUUUUUGUAAAAACAUAAUGAAGAGUGUAUAAAAAAAAAUCUAUUUUUAACUUUGUCUUUUAGAAUGAUAUCAGUGUCUUUAACUACAUUUAUUUUUCCUUGACAUUUGCAGAGAACAAAACCAAAAGGGAUGAUGGAUUUAAGCUUUUCAAUGGUUUAUGAGGUUCAUCAGAGCUUUUUCGGAAGGUAAGAUGUCGAAUGCUGUCAACACCAGACCUAUUCAACAUGAUCCUCUGUGGCUUUUGUGCCCCUUUCAAGCCUUUUUAUAGAGUUAUGAUGUGGACAAGGACAUGGCCAAGCGCUCCUUUGACUUAUCAGCAAAAAAAUGAUAAGGCGAAUGCAAUUCAAGGUUCCCAAAGCCCGCGGGCCAUUAACCGCAAUCUUAGUCAAAAGUGUUGGGAAGGCUUCUACUUUUUACCUCUUUCCCCCGUCCCUUGGUCCAAAGUUGCAAAACUUAAGUGUUUGUGGGCGUAAUUAUUCUGUUAUAUUCCAGCACUAAAUAGGGGGGACGUGGGAGUAUAUAGAGAAAAGGCAAAACCAACUUUUUUGAACACGAAAAUGAAUAGCAUACAAUGAAGCAAUGACGUUGUCUUCCCAACUGCUUUUGUCUAGCUUUGUAGUCUUGUCCUUGGUUAAGUGUACAAUUCUACUCAAAACCCGCCCAAAUUAAAAAAGAAAAAAAAAUUACUCAAGUUUAUUUAUAAUAUUAAUAUUAAUAAUAAUUUAAUAUUAAUAUUAGCAAUUGUUGUCAAUGUAGUUAUUGCUAAAAACCGUUUUAGGCAGAGGAGUCGCCUUUUUUCUUUCUUUCUUCUCUUUUCUUUUCAUUUAUUUAUUGUCUUUAGUAGUCCUUUUCUUUGUUGUAAACUAGUUUUAGGUAUUUUAAUGUAAGUAAGUAGCAAACAAGUAAGUAGUAAAGCUGUAACGUAAGUAAAUUUUGUAGUCUUGUUGUAAGUAAGUACCGUGUAGCUGUAUUGUAAGUGAAUGCCAAGUGUGAUUAUAAAAUAAAAUAAAAUAAAAUAAAAUAAAAUAAAAAAAAAAAAAAAAAAAAGAAAAACGGAAAAAAAAAAAAAAAGUUUAUUUAUAAAGUGGCCUUGAUGGUGCUUUGUAAAGCCCUUAAAUUUGCCUAGAUACAGUCAUAACUAUACAUGGGUUAAAGCCGUGUUUUAAGCCAUCUAAGUGCAACUGACGUCAUUCGUAUACUUCUCAUGGGACCGAAGUAGGGCCUGGUGCCUACUCCGCAUUAUUGCGCAACUUUUUUUGGAGAAAGCAGAAGAGCAUUGCUUCCGGUUUCUUAUUUAAUUUAUUCUCUUGAGCGACAUCUUAACAUUCAGUGUAAUGUCUCUGUGCUUUCUUCUCUUCAAGGCCAAACUGUUUUCAAGUCGUCGUACGGGCAUUUAACGAGUCGCGGAUGUUUUACCUUUGUGCAGACACUCAGGAUCUUGCGAAUGUGAGUGAAGUCUUUACGAUAUUCAUUUAUAACACAAUCAUAUAUUGUGUUCUCCUUUGACAGCCAUCCUUAAAGUUGAUAUUGCACUGGCUAUCUUGUUUCUUUAAGCCGUUGACGGCAACAGCCCAGCGUAUCAUUUUAACAACCAUGAGUACAAUAUACUGCAAUAAAUAUAUACCACAAAAAUUGUGGAUUAUGGGUUUGUUGAUAAUGUUGAAGUGGAAAUAUUACGUAUGGUAACUUUUAUGUGCCCUCCUGUAAAAAUUUCUUCUUGCUGGUUGACGCGACAGCCACGGAAUCAGAGAGACUUAGAAUCAUGUGCGCGGCAAACAUUAAAUAAUCUAUCAACAACAGCUCUGCUCGACAAUCACAAUUUUGAUACAUUUCUCUGUUGUCAGUGCACGACUGCGACGUAAAAUUUCUUUUUGCGCGAUUUCGGAGUGCAGAAACCCACGGCGACGAGUUAUUCUCUCUCUGUCGGAACUUCGUUGUGCUCCUUUGGAAAUCAACUUAAGGAAGAUCUGCCUUCCUUUUUACCCUGAGUGAGUGAGUUGGUAAAAUCGCGAUGAGCCAUAAAAGAACUUGAAUGCCUUUAUGAGUGCCGUUUUUAUGGCCGUUGCCGUCGUUGUUACUUUAAGCUCCCUUUCUGGAAAGAACUGAGUUCCGUCGGGCGAAAGCCUGUGUGAUUCACGUAAAAGGGAGAAACAAAAGUUAUUUCACUCGUGCCUUUAAGAAUCUGUCCAUACUCUGUUUCUGCUUUGAAAUCGUGAUUACAUGUAUUCUUUUGUUUCAGGAAUGGAUGGAAGCUAUUAAAAAAUUCUGUGGCAAAGUGAUGAAUACCACUGUCGGGGAAAGAGACGUGAAACAACUAAGGAGUUUGGAAGUGAACGUUGUCGAAGCACACAGUUCUAACAAAGUUUCCCAUCCCUAUUGUAUGAUUUCACUAAAUGAAGUCAAGACCUGCCGGACCAAGACCCAGGAGGGGCAUUCGCCGAUAUGGAACGAAGAGUUUAAAUUCAAGUGAGUUAACUGAUUUUGAAUCUGACCGCAUACCUUUGCUUUCUUGUGUUCAUCAAUUACAGUUGAACCUCGCCACAACGGCCACCUUGUAGAGAGGUUUAAACAAGAAUCAAUGUGUGGGCUGUCCGCUAAAAAAGUGGCCGUUAGCGGAAGUUCGAUUGUAUUACACUCUUUAUCUUAAUUUACAUUUCCGGCUGCCACUUAUAUUUUUGACGAUUACACGUUCCCGGCUACAAGCACCAGAAAUAUCGAACGAGCAAGUUAUGGCUGCUCCUGCCUAGUUCAACUAUUUCUGAUCGCAAAAGAUGAAAGGUGCGCGAAAUUUCUUAACCAAUCACUUGGCCUAACAUUACCUUAAAGACUCCACAAGUCAUUUCCUAGUUAUCUUUAACAUCUUCAAAAUGAGGUAGGGGUGAAGUCUUCAAUGUUUGGAAACAAAUAUAUUGUGACUGUCAUUGAAGCAAAACUCAUUUUUACAUGAAAGGUUUUGCACUUUGAGAAUGAGGGGAUUUUUUUGAAUCCCGGAAAUGGCCAGGCUGUUGAAAACUGUGCAAUGUCCCAUACCUAUUAUAAUGUUUGCUUGCAGUGAUCUUCCGUCCGAUGUAACUUACUACUCAGUUGAUUUGUACAAUCGUAACAAGCGCUCUAAAGAUGUGCUUAUAGGUAAGUCAGAUAAGAAUAUUCCCUCUUAAGAAAUUUUUUAGCAACAUCUUAAUUCUAGGUGAACUGGGGCAAUUGGUACGUUACGGCGUGCCAUGAAAUUUUGGCACAUUAAUGGGAACAAAUUUGCCUUGCUUUUAGGCAAAUCCUCCCGGAUUAAGUUCAGUUCUCCUUUUCUAGUAAAAGUUCAUGUCAGUUUACCGCCUCCUUGUUAGCACGGCUGGAAGAGUGCUGGUCUGCUAGUUUGCGGGCUCAAAUCCGGGCUGGACCACCAACCAGGGUGUCAAAAAACUUCAAAGAAAAUACUAGCCGUGUAUUAAAAUCUUUUCUCAGUUCAAGUGAUUUCGUCAAUACGCGAUGACGUUUAGCCGUUAUCCUUGUCUCCUUCUGCCUUCCUUAACAAUGCGAAGAAGAGGUAAAGGAACCUGAUCUGCUUUUCGUAGCCCGCAGCCGUCUCUCCUUGCUCCUCGCCCCUGGAGACGUUUCGCGAGACGUCCCUCAAGAGCAGUGAGGAGAGAGAAGAGACGGCUGUAUUCGCAGGCUGUGCUUUUGGAAAAAAGCUAGGGGAACUAGACCGAUGGAGGGGAGGGAGGGUACUGUUACAUGGCCGCAAUAAUUAGCUUAACGCUGUUGUGUAUGUGGCUACUUGUCUCUGACAGGAAGUGCGAUGGUUCCUUUAAACCGUUUACCAAAAGGCAAUGUGUUAGACGAGUGGUAUCCGCUCCUUCCUUCUUCUCACGCUAAAGUGGAAAUCGGUAGCGUUAGAGUCAAGAGUAAAUUCACGGUAAGAAAAGUGGAGGUAUACCCUGGGUACCAGAGGUUUUUUCGCGCGUGCGGCGGCAAUCUCUGGUGUCAGCAGACACAUCUUCGGCCGCGAUCUAGAAAAGUCUCUGGCACCCAGGGUAGUAGAGGUAGUGCUUUUUAUGUAUCAUGCUAUAGGGAAACAAGUAACCAGUUUCAAAAUUGUUAAAAUUUGUUUGGUAAGAACACUGGGAAGAAUAAGUCCAUUUACCUCUAUCUAAUGAGAAGUAUGUAGGCGAUAAGGAAACAGCAAAGGUUGCCGGACGUAUCUGUCCAGCUGGUUCAAAAGAUGUUAAUGAAGGGCACACUUCCGCUUGUCCUCAUUCUUUGUAAAUUGUAGUCUUCCUACUGCACCUCAAUGCAGCACGGCAGGGUAGACUUAAAAUGUCUUUUUUUUCGACUUAACAUUCCCUGACGUGCAGUGCGCAAGUCUGACGUGGCCGUGUUUUUCUGUCUUGCAGCAUGAGAUUAUUAUGCCUGUGGGAGAAUAUAGUCCCCUAAAAGAGGUAUGUUUGUAUUAAACUGUAAAUGCCGCUCGUGACCAAGCUGUUUUUGUGGUUUGGUAAGGUAUUAAGUCUGUUGCUAAGAAGCCAUCUAAAAAGGUAGCAUUAGUUUACUACCAUCUACUUGUACAUUGUCUUUGACUUCCCAGCUUUGUUUGCUCUACAAACAGGAAAAAAAUAUUUUGUAUCAGGCUGAAAUGAAAACUGGAGAAUGUCGCUGCAAAACCUGAUGUUAAUGUUUCGGUUUUGCUCAUUCAGGUGUUGUUUUAGUAGCUUUAAUGGCUUAAGAACGCACUAAUGGAGUUAUAUUGAGACGAAUUUUUACUCAUAUUUUGAUCGUCACGUUCCUACACGUACAUGAAAUAAACAUCAUCGGAGACUGAACUUAUUAUUGGGACGAAAUGUUUGGGCAUGAAAUCAGCUCGGGCGGUUUGGUUGAAACGAAGAACGAAAGAGCGCCCCAGGCAAUUAAUCUUACUGAAUAAGUUCAAGAAUCUAGUGGUUUCCCUGCUUCUGUUUGGUCAGAAAAUUUCGGUGAGAAACAGGGAACAUAAAUGCUCAUGGAACUGGUUUGCGGAUUAGCGUUAAUGCACAGGGUUCUCUUCAUUUUUGUCUUGUAAAUUUCGCAACGAUCUAGCUGAUAAACUCUAAUUGCCAUUAGUUGCCCCUGGGUCUCCAGCAUUAAAUUCUCCGGUACUUCCUUAUACCCCUGGGUGAAGAGAGGUACCGAGAGAGUUAAGUGUCUUGCCCAAGAACACAACAUUAUGACUCCGGCAGGGCUUGAACCCGGUGCUUUUGAUCGGGAGGCCAUAGUACUAGCCAUUUGGCCACCGUACCUCAACGCCUUCCACCCGUGUUUCUGACCAUGCGUAAAUAAUUGCCAGAGUAUAUUUUUUAUUAUUGUUCAUUCCGGAUUUUUAUUAAUGGCACACGUUUCGUCGUUGCAGAUUCUUUUGGACAAAGAUCUUCAAGCAGUAAAGGGCCUCGGCCAAGUUUGCAAAGAUCGAGUGGCUCUGGCGUCGACUCUCCUGAAAAUCUUUCGUCACGAAAAGGAAGAAAUUUUCCUGCUAAAAUCCAUGAACUCGUUAGAUAUAGAGAAUCAAGGUAAGGGUUGAAACUGUUAUAACCGGUCGUUACUAUAGCGACAGUAGACACGGUUUUCAGCCGUUGAAUUUGACCUUUUAAGGGCAGCUCAAAGGCGUAGUGUACCUGCGCGCGUCUUGAAUAUACUUCAAUGACAAAGUAUGGAGAAAGAUAGCGGGAAGAGGCCUUUUUCUUUCUAUAUGCAUGGUACUUCUUUAGCUUUCUAAUUGACGAUGCAUUUUGUUUUGCAGCUAAAUAAUUUUUUACCAGUUGGUGGCAUUUCAAAAGAAGUGAUUCAACUGUUCUCAUUUAUGGCAGUCGCGUUCGAAAAUGAAGGCUCAAUGUCUGUCUCUUUACUUGGAACCCUGCAUUUAUGGGAAAACAACCAACUUCUUUUGAAUGCCCUUAAUUAAUCUGUCUAGACUGCUUGAAUUUGUUUGUUCUUCAAGAGGACGUCUUUCUUUUACAAUCGAUCCUUCCAACGUUUAACAAAUCGACAACAAUUUUCCAUGUUCUGUAUUCUUCUCGACCGUAGAAAUGACGUCAAAAUGUUCAAAAAUCAAGUGGAACCACGAUCCGCAGGCGAAUAGUUUCACUACAAAGUUUUCAACAUUAUGACGUCAUUUCUAUGGUCGUUAAGAGUACACACCGUAGAAAAUUGUUGUCGAUUUGUUUUUUACAAUGACAUUGACAGUCUUGACGUUUAUUUCUGUUGACGUUUCUCGGCGAGAAAGAGAAAAACAAAUUGCGCCACCAUUGCGUCAUUUCCAUCGUCUGUACUCUUAUCGAACAAAGCUCUUUACCAAUCAGCGCGCGAGAAAUCGCUCAGUUAUUGUAAAAACUUCCAAUAUGUGUUUUAGAAACAAGAGUUUAACAAACCUUACUUGAUAUUUGUUUGCAGAAGAAGUCUCCACGUUGUUUCGAGGAACUUCAUUAACUACCACCCUUAUGGAUCAAUACAUGAAAAUGGUCGCCAUUCCUUACUUACAGAAAACCAUCGGUGAUGUUGUAGCAAAAAUAUUGGACUGUAAGCAGUCAUGUGAGGUACAAUAUUGUAGCUUUACUCAGUAAAUUAACGUGUCGGAGACAAAUACUAACAUUUAGUGACCAAGCUAGAGCAACAUACGGUGAUUGCAGCUAGCAAGAUUUUGCCUGUCGAACUUAUGGUUUUUCCGAAUAACCCGGGUGAGAUCCUUUUAAGGCAUUCCCACGGUUAGACCUCUGUUUAAAUUUUGCUUAAUAAGACGAAUAGAAGAAAAUGGAACGUCGUUUUACUUGACGGGGUCGUGGUCGUUGCUCUGGCUCUCUUUAAUCGCGCGGUAUCGAUUGGAAUGACCGGGUUAUUUACCUAGCUACCGUAGCGGGCCAUUAAAGCAUGAAAGCACCACAAAAGCGCUACAGUAAGAGGGACAAGGGAAGAAUUUCUACGCUUUUUUGAAUUACUAAGCGGAUAUUUGGAGUUAAAGGGCUAACCUUUAACCAGGAAAAUCCAACAAGAAUAACUUCCGGACUUUUUGCCUUUAAAACUUUGCUUGUUUGGUUUUUCUAGGAUGGGUGAACACCCAUUAAAAUUUGGCUUGGAUUUUUUUUUCGUAAUAAGCAACAAACUCCGUAUAAAAGAAUGGAUUUGUGAAGAUACAUAUCUCCCCUAUACAUGGAAAAUUUUUUCGUCUAAAUUCCAGCAGACUUUUAAACUUCUGCGCUUAAAUUCGUGCGUGCUGAGAGUAAGUCAUGUCUUAUCAGAUAACAAUUGUUCCUAUGAAUGAACAAUACGCAGCUGAACUCCAUUGUAAAGAACCAAUUGUAGUCAUCUUUAAAUUGAGCAUCAUUCAACUCUGGACGCUCAACUGUGGAGAAAACUACUCUCGAUCUAAAUUUGUGAUUGAAAUGUUUUCCGUUUCUGAUCCCCUUACAAUUCUCUUCCUCCUAAGCUCAAACUCCUUUUUUUUUCUGUAUCUGCUAAAUAAAAUGUUUCGACGUUGGACUUCACAGAAGACAUAAAGGAGGCGCUCAUGUAUUUCGAUUGGGUUUUAGAAAAUGCGUAUUAAUGGUCACGGAUUUAAAAGUGGUUUAGCUCGGCGUAAUUACACCCCAAUAAACUCACUCGUCAUCCCACAGCUUUGAGCCUGUCAAGGAAAGGAGUUAUCAAGAAUGUUAAGGGAUGAAAUCUUACCUGAUUGGUUAAAUGGCUAGGGUUCCAGGAGAAAAGCGGGAAGGGGGAAGGAAUAUUUCUAGUUCUCAAACAUAUCAGGUGUGGUCUUGAAUUAUUCAAAAGCGGCAAGAACUUGAAAUCUGGGAGCUCUCUUUUGUCUGAAACAUUAACGUUUAGUAACAUCCUCGGAGACCCAGGGGCAGAUAGUGGGGGCGAGGGAAAGUCUAAACGGGGGGAAAAAUAUGGCACGAAGAAAAGAAAAGAACGGCGAGAAGAGCCCCUGAGGACAAUGUCUUACAAGACCAGUUCCAAACGGUCGCCGCCGUUCUGCCUUCUGAUUGGGCAGAAAAACACAAAAGUUUUCUGGCACCAAUCAGAAGGCAGAACGGCGGCGACCGUUUGGAACUGGUCUUGUAAGACAUUGUCCUCAGGGGCUCUUCUCGCCGUUCUUUUCUUUUCUUCGUGCCAUAUUUUUGGUUUUGUAAAAGGUCAUCGGUGUAACGAAAGGGGAAAUUUGGUAUCAAAGAUUUUUCUGAUAGAAAAAAAAAGAUCUGCUGUCAACAAAUGAUGCGAGUCAAACAGAUGUCCAGCGCAAUAUUUGAAGUAAUACUAAGAGCUCUUUAUAUCCCACCACCGUUUUUCGCGGGACGAAGUUAACCGAGAUUGGACCAAGUAGUUAAGGUAGGUUCUGUGAAGUUAUCUUAAUCAGUUCUUUAAAUUUCGUUUUUGCAGUUGAACCCAGCUAAGCUAGAGAAAGGCGCUGAUACCGUGGUUAACCUGAAGCAAUUAUUAGAAUUCUUAUUUGAAGCAGUUGACGCUAUUGUUAACUCCGCUGAAAAUUGUCCGAGGUAAGGUACUUGACUAAAGUCCUUUCCCAUAUAAACUUAAAUAAAUGCUGCUUCUAUCCUUGCAUGUUUUUCCGUCAGAAACUGAAUUAUUAUGAAACCCUUUCUUUUGCAACACCUCGACUCAGAAGACUCCUCUCUUCAAGGGGUACAAACUUAUUUUUCGGAAAAAAGGAAUCAUGUAAUAUUUGUGUCAGUUACCUCUGUUGAAGGGAUACUCUUAGAGGGUGUUUACAUGACACCAGGGUAAGUGCCGGCGCGAGUUCAUUCCGGUUCCCUCUUGUGGCUCUGUGUUUAUUUAGGUAAUACCUCCACAAAGUGUCAUGCCGGCGCGAGUCACACCGGCGUGAGUUAACCCCGUCGUUGUACUCCGGUACGAAAUUUCGCAACGGUAUCAUGUAAACGCGAAAUGACCACUCGUUUCGUUGUGAAUUAGGUCUGCCGGUAGCGCAUGCGUAAUUGAAUCGCACGUGUAUUUUAUCAGCUUGAAGAGUACCUUCAUAUAAACCCGACAUGAAAUGACGCAGUCAUCACGUAAACGCGAUACGAAGUCAAGAAGUCAUCCUGGUAUGAAACUCGCGCCGGUGCGAGUUUUCUCAUGUAAACACCCCCAAUUCAGAGGGCACCUGUUGUGCUUCAAAGGAUGUCCACUGAACGGAAGUGACGCUGCCAAAUUUUUGUUUCAGUUCCUUCUUUUGAAGAGAUUCCUCUACUUGUUCGAUUUUGGUCCUGGUAGUGACCUCUAAAUGGAAGCUCCACUUUAUAAUCUAUGUAUCAUUUACCUCUUUCGAAGGAAAAUCUCUGUCCAGAGGGUACUUGUUCUGGUCCUUAGAUUGUCCUGUGAAUAGUUGUGCCACUGUAUAAUCUGCUUCUUUUGAAGGGAAAUCUUUGUUCAGAGGACAUUUGUUCUGGUCCUGAGAGUGUCCCCUGAGUGUAGGCCCCGCUAUAUAACUAUGUAUCAUUUACCUCUUUCGGGGACAUCUGUGACGUUCAGGGGACCCUUGUUCUGGUCAUGAUGGUGUCAUCCAGUGUAUAGACUAAUCUUCAUAUCAGCUACGUAUCGGAAAAGUUGGUCCGAAGUUUUUGUACGUUUUGUCGAAAUUGAAACUUGAAAAGUUUUGCUUUUUUUUCUAUGGUGCAGUUUAUAUUUUUGGUGGUCAAUUUUUGUGGACUGAAGCAGUUCAGUUUAGUAUAGAUGAAAUACCAAAUGUUAGUUGAUAAAAUGUCAUGUAGGUAUUUGCUUGACGAAAGAUGAGAACAAUCUCUAAACAGUGCCCCUUUGAUUUCGCUGAAGGCGAUACCCUGAAACAUCUUGGUAUCGCACAUACGCUUAUUGGACGUGUUUAAUAUUAUUUUGCAGAAACUUGCGUUAUCUGUUUUGCUGUCUGCAACAGAAUGUGAAAGACAGAUGGGCUGACAAUGAAAUAGUCAGAAGUCGUGUUGUCAGGUGAGGGGAAUUUUCACGUUCUUUUAAACCGGGGAUCAUUUCCCUAAUUUUAAAAUUCCUCGUUGCAACGCCACAUACAAUCCGAUAAAAUUACUGAAUUGAUCAAAACGUUUUACAGACUUGGAGUCUAAGACAGUGAUCUGAAUUUCCUCGUUACAACACCACAUACAAUCCGAGAAAAUUACGGAAUUGAUCAAAACGUUUUUCAGACUUGGGAGUCUAAGACAGUGAUCUGAAUUAUUUGUUGUUGUUGUUGUUUACAUUUUACCUUGUCAUGAGACAAGUAGCCCAGCUCUUUGUAGAAAUGAACAGUUACUUCGCUUUUAGUCAGUUUGCUCUCUACCAGUUCUAUCGUAACAGGCCACUUGUACUAAGAGGUCACGUAACCAACGCUUCGUUUAAACAAUGAGUUGGAAUCUUGCUGAUGCCAAAAAUUAACAGAGCACAAAAAUAUUCUUACACCCGAAAUUUGAGAGGAAACGCAUUUACGGGAUAUAUUUUAUGGCACUUUGAUUUGUCAACAAAGUAGUAUGAAUUGCAUUGGCCGCCAUGUUGGAGGGCAUACUCUUGCCCUUCAACAGGGCGGCCAAAACUGCUUGCUUGUAUCUUGUCAAACGUUUGAUACCGGUUACGCUCACAUGUGCUGUAAACGUUACAUCAUCUUUUCAACAUUUUCCUUGAAGUUUAAGUGCAAAAUUUGAUUUGUGUUCAGUAAGAGGUAAUUCAUAGUGUUAAAAAUCACAUUUUGUUCUGGUGAACAGCUACGAACUUACUCAUUUUAAGAAAAUUGCGCUGGCUUGAAAAACAAAACCACUAUCAUUUUUUAUAAGAUAUGACCCACUAAUCGUUUUUCGAAGUCAAAUCAUAUAACUUUCAAUUUAAAAAAAUGAUGGGCAUUAUCUAGGCUACUUUUUGGUAGGAAAAGUUUUCGGAAGAACUUUUAGGAUCGUAAAAUGUUUGAAGGAAGUGCAAGUGGGUAGUGUAGGACGAUUUUAAUGGUUUUUGCGUUUUCUCCGUUUAUUUCUCUUUCGUUAUAGCGGUUUCCUUUUCUUGCGGUUAAUUUGUCCUGCGAUAAUGAACCCAAAGACAUGUAACAUGAUGUCAGGUGAGUUGUUUUUAACACUGUUUAUUUUGGUCAAUUAAAAAUAGUCGUAUUCAAAAAUACACUAUAUCCAUUUAUAUAUUUCAGGACUUUCUUACUUGCUGGACGAGUUGAACAACCCUCUUUAGUUUGGCAACUCUGAAAAUUAAGUUGCACAGAGGUGUUAACUGUGUAAACUUAUUCUAGUGCCUGACAAUUGUUAUUCACCACUUUAGAAACGACUGACUUAACUUUCGCUAAGACUUCUGGGAGAGUUACUUAGGACAAGUAACAAAAUUAGCUAAAAGCUGACCGGCGCGUCCCCAGUAACCAUCCCAGAAGUCUUCGUGAACAUAAACUGGACCCAGUUUCGUUCUCGUGGUGAAGCGGAAAAUUAUAGCGGAGCCCCGUCUCACGACCACAUUCAUUCCGCCCGAACUUAAAACCCAUAGUUUCGUUCUUAUUGCGAGUUAGAGAUGCCUUGAAAGCCUCUGCGUUACAGUGAAGAGUUGUUUUGGGUGACAGCAGUCCAAGGAAUACCUCGUAGCUGGGCCAGCGUCUUAACGCUUUCAUUAUUAACGGCUUCUUAUAAACUCGAAGAUAUUAAUUCCAAGUGUGUUUUCUUAAGAAAAAAAUAAAACAAUGGUGGUUAAUUUAACAACAAGUGAUACUUUUCGAAAAGGCUGUGGGUAAAACAGGUCUAAAGUCUUUUCUUGUCUUAAAUGGCACAUUGCAUGAUGUCAUUUUGCAGAAAUGCGGCUUAGUGACUUUGACCUACUGUAACCAUAUUUAGUUGAGGAGACUGGUUAUGAAGGACAGAAAACAUCAAAGAUUAAAACAACGGUGCUGCAGUUUAUGUUGGAAGCUCCCUAAAAGUGCAUAAUCCUUUGUUUUUUGUUCACAAUUGUGACGGAAUGAAUUAACGCGACUUUAAGAUUAUUGGUCAGUAAGGUCAAAAUAAUAGGAACACUAUUGAGCGUUGUGCACUGUCAGGUCCACAAAAACAUAACAAAAGAGUCUAAGGAGCUUCAUAACCAUUCCAGUCUAUAAACCAUGCUGUAACUAACUGGUGAUUCACUCUUUCUCUCCCAGAGUCUCCAUCAUCAUGUGCCGCUCGAACGCUUACACUUGUAGCGAAGUGUCUUCAGAACUUAGCGAACUUAGUCGAAUUUGGUGCUAAGGUAGGUAUUGCAACUAGAUUUUGGCUCUGCUUUUGUUAUUGUUGAAAACGUAAUUGUGUCCUCUUUGUUUUAUGAUAGGAAUCCUUUAUGACACCAGUGAAUCCCUUUAUCCUAAAGAACAGGGAAAAAAUGAUAAACUUUCUGGAUGAGUUAUCGGUAAGUGCAAGGCAACAUGUGUGCCGGUUUUUUGUUCGUUUGUGUCAAAGACACAUUUAAGAUACGAUGGUUGUGAGUGUACAAUAGUCUUAUUGUCGACAGUGAACCGGAAGUAGCCUUUAGUCGAGGCUUUUGCAUGCGCAAAAAUUCUCGUUGCAGUUCACUGCGGAAAAUGCGAAAAUGAUCAAAGAAGCUUCCUAGGUUUUGUUAUAUAUAGAACAUCAAAUAAGAAUGAAAAAGAGUAAGUCUUCAUCAAUGAAUAAAUCUGAUCCCCGAAUGUGAUAUGAACCCGUGACAUUCUAGACGUCUGUCGGGCACUCUUGCUACUGAGCUACAAAAAGACAAUCCAGGGUUAAAACUACUGUCCAUUGCAUUAUGGAGGUAACUUUUUCUUUUUCUUUUUUUUUCACAGAACGUAACACAGUGCCCACAAAUCACUGAGCAAGUGUCAUCAGAUCUGUCACGUGACCUUGCUGCUCUUCAUGACAUUUGUUUGACGUACGAAUCCGAACUUCAACAGCUGAGUCAGUCCCAGGUAACACAGCUGGCAUUAAGCCUUGCGAGAAAAAACGUAUUGGUAGUUUUUGUUGGUAGAAUUUGUGUGUUUAGAAACUACAAUAGAAUAUAUAUACAGUCGCGGGUUCUCUUAGGUUGUUCCCACACUUCGUUCUGUCUCAAUUUAUGGAUUGUUUGUUUUUUCCCAUAGUGCAUUCCGUGCAAAUCGAUUCACUUAAAAGGGCUGUGUCACGGCAGUCCAGUUCAUUUUGUUUUAUUUUGCCAAUUAAUCGCCCUCAGUCGCUAUGGAACUUAAAGUAGGCAAAGAAAUUACGUGUAAAUAACAAAAUCAGAGAUUAGAGACAAACAAAUAUGUCCCUUAAACAUUAUUUUUGAAGCUGCAAACAGCAGAGAUAAACUUUGAAAAAUUGUUAGGCUGAACAGUUUUCAAAAACCCUGAUUUCAAUCCUUUUCAAUCUUCUUCAGUUUUGCCAAUCCGAGGCAGCUGUUGUAUCUUUGUGUUAUUUUAACCUUCCCUUAAUGUUUUAAGUGGUUAUUUUAAAGUUAACUUUAAUUUAACGGGCAUUUUGCAAUAACCUGAUUUGGCUGAAUUUCGUGACACAGCCCCUUUAACUAUAAAAAAAGACAGUUUCAGCAGGGAUGCAUAUUUUUGUGUCCGUGUAUGGUACAGAGAAUACAGUGUUUUUUUCUUUAGGGGAAUUGAAUGCGUCGUUUUUCUGUUUCAGCCGGCGUUAAAGAAGCUUGUUGCUGUUACAGAAACUUUACGACAAAGGGAGCAUCAGUUUCUACAAGAAAAUUGUGCCCUGUCUAGCAGAACGGAAAAGCUCGUGUAAUGACUUUGCGAUCGACAUCUUGCGGAAAACCUCACCCCCCAUCCCCCCGGUGUUCGUGACAGGAAGACAACUAGAGAAUUAUGGGAAGGAACUCAUGCUAAGUGGAGAGGGAUCAGUGAUUAAGAAGAAAGACAAAAAUCCAAGCCAUCAAUGUACGCUUAACGUGCGCAAGUGUUUUUGUUGUACUUUGUCAGGAGUUAGAAACACAAAGAGAGUUUGGUGCAAACCCAGUGAAAUAGUGUGGUAACAAGCCACUAGUUUACCCUUUUUAUUUUCCGUAUGAAAUGGAAUAAUUUUUUCCCUACUAGAAUAAUACUAGUUUAUUUUUAUAUUUAUUAAUAUAUUUUUAUCGUUGAUUAUAAUUUUCGUCGUAUUUCCAAGUAAGUUUUCUGGUGGGUACGAAAAUAGGAAAUCUAGAAUUACUUCAUGACAGGUGCAUGAUGUGUCAUAUGUUACAUAUGUUUGGAAUAUGAUGCCAAUAGUAGUCUUAUUGACCAAUACCAUCAUUAGACUCAUGUUGAUUAGAUGUCCAUUGGAAAGACAAAUUCGUUUAAAUAUCAUUGAUGUGCAAUGUGCGUCCCUUCGUAGUCCCAUGUCUGCUUUCUCACAAAUCUUUGGUGUCAAAGAUCCUUCGCGUGUAGUCUUAAUUCCAUAAAAUAGCUUAAAAGAUAAUUUUCGCUUUGACUGUAAAUUGCUAACAAAGAGAUUUAACAAAUUUUGAGAAAAUUUGCGUAAUCCUGACACUCCCAGAGUUAAUUUGAAGACAUUAUUAUAUGGUACUAACAUUCUUUUUCUAGAUAUGACCAUUUAAACAGGCAGUUCUUUGCUGAUAUGACUGUAAAUAUUAGGGCCGUUUAUACGGAGAAAAAUAAGACGCGUCCUAAAUAGGAAGCAAUUCCUCUGAAUAAGACGCGACUUAGCUAAGACGCGUCUUAUCGAAGAAUGGGUGUUAAGUGCUGUUCUUACGCAAGAUGUGUCUUAGCAAAAUCGCGUCUAACUUCAAAAAUGUAGCUUCGAAAUGUGCCUUUUAUACGGCACAGUUUGCGUCUUAUUUAGGACGCUACGUAUUUUUCCACGUAUAAAUAGCCCUAUUUUGUUUCUUCUACAUUUGAAUUAACGUAGUAUAGGAAUCACGCUAAGAAAUUACUUUAGACGUUGAACGACCUUGUUAAGCUGUUUUAGCUACUUGUAUGUUAGACUAGCUAAAAGAAAAUACAAGCCCGACCAAAAAUGUUUAGAAAAAAGGGUUGAAGAAGUGUUAAUAAGCCAUUAUUCUUUUUGAAAUUCGACGUUGCUUCAUAGUUUUCCACAUGAAAUAUCUUGGCAUUUCGGACGGAAAUUUUCUUAGAAAUAAUUGCGCUACUUUUGCUUGUAGAGGUGACGUAUUUUGUAACUCUUUUAGAGAAUUAGACUUGUGGUAUUGAGAAAACACGUGGUACUAUUUGUUUGUCAUUAUGAAAUGAAAUUAGGAAUUUGAUAGUAGACCCUCUGGGAGUGAAAGGUUUAUACUUGUACAUAGAAUAAAACUCAUAACCUGGGCAAAGUUCAUAUGAGGAUUGCUAUUAAAAAGUGUAGACUUUUUGGAGUGCAAUGAUUCUAGCUGUCCAAGAAGACAAAUGCAUUUGAGGUACUGCUACUAUGAAUGAAAGCAAGAAACAAUUGUAGAUAAGAAAAAAAAAUGAAGGUGGGAAUUUCCACC